CAGUCCUUAGUGGAGGGGGUAUUACCUGUAGUACUCGCAGGCAGGUACCUACAGAAAGGUGGAAAUUACAUUGUGAUUCAUUGCUAGUGCGGAAAGUGUUUGUUCCGCGGACUCCUCUACGUUAAUUCAAUCCCAUAAGUGUGAAAAACCAAUGAUGCGAUUGCACCAAUUUUGUCUACUUCUUGUCGUUACGACCGUAAGCACAAGUCCUACGACUCCUGCAAGCAGCGUCAAGUGCAUUGAUGGUUGUGAAUGCAGGGAGCAGAAACCAAUAUUGCGAACAACCUUCGAAAUUUUUAAUUGCAAAACCCCCUUUGUGCUCAACAAGAGCGCGCUUAGCAAUGUUCCCAAAGAUCGCGCGUUUAUCAAAUUUAAAAGUACCGACGUCCAACACAUUACUAGUGAUGCUUUCGAAGACUUCACACAAUUAGAGGAAGUGGAUUUCGACAACUCCCGCGUUGGCACGAUCGAUAGUGAAGCAUUCAAUCGGAAAUUUCUAGGUGCUAUCAGUUUUAAAAACGUCCAUUUUGCCGAAAUACCUAAUUUGAAAGCUGACUUUCUCGAAGAAUUCAUCUGUGAGGAUUGUCACUUGUCCAAAGUACCCAACUUAGAUAAUCUACCCUCACUCACAUUUAUAAAUUUCGCGAACAAUCGUAUCACAAGUAUUCAUGAAUCGGCGCUUUCAAAACUGAAAAAGUUGGAAGAAGUUAAUCUGUCGAACAACAGCAUUUCCGAAUUGCCUAUGAACCUGUUCGUUCAAAACGAAAUCGAUACACUAAAACUGGACUACAACCCCUUGAAAAGCUUCACUUUUCAUGACGACAACGUCCUGGAAAGUCUAAGUCUUGCCCAUUGCAACCUAACAGUCUUUGAUGAAAAUUCCACCAAAAAUUUAACCUUCCUGACUAGUCUCGACUUGAGCGGUAACAACAUUGUUGUUUUGCCACUUGACACGUUCAAUCCGAUGAAAUCGCUCGAGACCAUCGAUCUAUCAGACAACCACUUGGUCGAACUGGACGAUAAUAUCUUUUCAGAAAACAGUCGACUCGACACUAUCAACCUCAAUAACAACAAUCUUAAAAAACUGCCCAAUUUCCAGACAAAGGCUAAACUGUUCCAAACCUCAACCUUCUCGUGCAAAAACUGCGGCUUGAAAUCGGCCACAGGUCUCGCCAACAUGGCAAGACUCACUAAAAUCGAUCUGUCCAACAACGAAAUCACAGACAUCGAAGGCGCGUUCAGUGAAAUGCCCAUUCUCAAAAAACUCUUCUUGUCCAACAACCACAUUGCCUCAAUCGGGCUUAAAUCACCCGAGUUGGAGACACUCGAUUUGUCCAAUAACCCGCUCUUGCCACUGGACCCCGUUACGUUCACAGCGCUUCCUUCGUUGAAGAUUUUGAAUGUUAGCAGUUGCGCUCUUGAAAAAAUUUGGAGCAAUUACAACGCCGAACUCCCGAAACUGACCCAACUCUACCUGGGCCAGAAUCAAUUGUCUGUGAUCACACUUGACGAUGUAAAGAUCAUGCCAAGACUGAAAGUGAUUGAUUUGCGGGAGAAUCCAUGGAAGUGUACGGACGACCUUGAGGAAGUUGUUAAGUACUUUGUGAAAGAGUCCGUUUAUCCUGCGGAUAUCGGAACUAUCCAAUUUAAGACGCAUGAAGAAUUGACGUUUGCCGAAAACACGAAACUCGUUCUUCAACCAGUUUGGCCGAAAAUCCUCCCGAAUUGCGAUUUUGACUUCGGGGAGGAAGAAGGUACCGAACCUUCGGUACAUAUCGUAGAAAAUGAGCAAGACGAAGACGAUGAUUUUUACGAUGAGGACGAAUAUGAGGAAAAUGAUGAGGAUGAGGAAAUUCCGGUCGAGAAGGCAAUGGAAGACCCUUCACCCUUCAACCUAGCAAGGGCCACUUACAUCCUUUCCAUCACUUCGGUCUUUAUUCUGACUGCUGUGUUAGUAUCCGUGGUCGCGAUUGUUCUCACUCUUUUGAUUUUGAAGAGGAAUAAGUCGUUCAAUAUGCACACGGGCAAUCUUCCACGUUUGAAGAUACCCUUGUGGCAUACAACCCCCGGGCAAAAGAAACACAGUGGUUCCGUGUACAGGCCACUGUCGGAAGACCUUUACGGAUCGCGUACUCCCAUCAUCAAUCGAUACGAGUUUAAACAGACGCCCCAAGUUCAUAACUCCCUACCUUAAUUAUUUACUUAACUGUGUUUUAUCCAUAAGUAACGUUAGAUAUUGUUUAUAAUUUGUUUUAUGUUUUGUUUAAGUGAUAAUACGUAGGUUCGUAUCUAUGCCAUCACUAUAUUAAUUAUACUGAGACACAUGUAAAAAAAAACAUUUGAUAAUAAAUUAUUUAACUGG